GAGAUCGAAAACCGUGUGGAUGAGGUUCAUGGGGAACUGAAAGAAGGUUUAUUUAACGGGUUGCUUUCAUUUGUGGAGAACGCCCACUCUGUAAAUCAUGGCAACCGGAUCCAGAUUCCCACGGCUGCGUUGGUGACCGGGGUAAACAUUCCUGAUCACUCAGAGUUGUUUAGCUCGUUGAAAAGUAAAGUUACAACGAAUGUUUCGCCCCAUGUUGUCCUGCUGCAUUCUAAGCAAUGCCUAACAAUGAAAUCAAUGAUGAAAGUUGUCAGUAGGCAGUUGAUUGCUAAAGUAGAUGACACAGAGACCCAAAGUGAGGGUGAAAAUGAAGAUGACGCAGAUUUAGAAUACAUGAAGAAAAAGUUCUCCGCAGUUACCAUGACAAUGGUUCGAAAAUGGUACGAAAAACAACUUAAACCGACCCAGUCUUCACCAAGUAAGAAGAAACAGCCAAAACUUAGCGUUAUUACCCGAAAACCAAUUGUAAUAAUAUUCCAAGACCUUGAAAUGUUCAAUCCCAACAUUUUGAUUGACUUUAUAUUAAUGUGUAGUUUUCACUCCCCAUUUUUACCGUUUGUAUUAAUACUCGGUAUCGCCACCUCAUGGCUUGACGUCUCACAACGGCUCCUCCCACAUUCUGCAUCCAUUCACCUCGCUGUGAGGAAGUUCCUCGCUCCUACUUCUUCCUCCCAUCUCGCUCUCAUUAUGGACCGUAUCCUCCUCAACUCGGAUCUUCCGUUCAAGCUCAGCGGAAGAUCAUUACAGCUUCUCUUGGAUGUUUUCCUCUGCAACGAUUUCUCGAUCUUAAACUUCCUUCACAGUUUAAGGUACUGUGUUUUAAAACAUUUCCAAAACCAGCCCGCGAGUGUUUUAUGUUCGUUGUCGCCAGACAAGCUCGCAUCGAUUGUCGCAAAACUUACGAAAAGUGAACUAAACUCUCUACGAAACGUAGCCUCAGUGAAACAGUUUAUAUCAAAUGAAUCUAACUUGAGCCUCAGCAAAGACUCAAACUUUAGGAAAGAAGUUCUUCAAUGGAUAAAAGGUUUACGGAUAUAUUUUGAAGUUUAUUUUCCUGUAUUGCGUUCCCUCCAUGCGUUAACAAUGGUAUUCACACACCACCCAAUGGGGAAACAACUACGAGAAGUUUUCUGUCUUUGCUAUAAAUCUGGCGUGGAAAAUAACGAUGGUUUUAAACAGACAUUACUACUGUUAAAAGUGACAUCAAAGGACCAAUUAAUGGAGGUUCUUCAAAGCUGUAUUAUUGCUCUUGUUGGGGGAAAAUAUUCAGAAAACGUAGACACACAAUUUCAUCCGUUAACUGCUGUUGAAAAGUUCCGAAAUUUCAUUUUAGAGUUGGAAAAUUUGAAUGAUACUGCCGCAGAAGAAGAAGGGACAGAAGAGAUUGAAAACGAGCCUUUAGAAACCGUUAAAUAUGCUUACCAACUACAGGAAAGAAUAAGGAAUAGAUCCAAGCAGAAAAAAAGGAACAAAAUGACAAAAUUUGAAAAACUGCAAGAAGCAAUUAUAAAUUAUCUCAAAGGUUUUUUUGAGUUUAAUCUCAGACCAGUGGUGGCUUUGCCUUUGCAUGAAGCAUUUUACUUUGACGAUACAAUGACAAUCAAACAACAUAAAAUGGCUGCUCCGAGGUUCGCCAUACAGAAAGCACUAUCAGAUCCCGGGCAUUACCUCAACUUACAAUCUAUAAGUGAAGACAUAGCUACACCAGAGAUGCCGGAUAUAUGUAUAGCUUAUAAACUGCACACUGAGUCAGCUAGCAUUAUAAACCUAUACGACUGGAUGACGGCCUUUCACACAAUUGUGCAUUCUAGUGAAGAAACUUGUUCAGAAAUCGACGAAAUUACCCAAGCCAGAUUUAUAAGAGCUGUGUCAGAACUUCAAUUACUUGGUUUUAUUAAACCAACGAAGCGUAAAACUGAUCACGUACAGCGGUUAACCUGGUGCCAUGGUUGAGUCUGUGAUGUCAUAAUGAACUAAUAUAGGUCAUAGUUUGUA